CAAUUGCACAGCAACCCACACUUCACAAUGCCACCACGAAUACGCCUCCGACCACGCGCCUUGUGCGUCCGGGCUUCUCAUCCCGCGAGCCCCAUCGGCGCAACCUAUGCUUCCCUCGCAACCGCAACAACCCCAGCGCCACCCAUAGAACAAACCAUACGCUCCACACCACCAGUCCUCCGCUAUCCGCCCACACAACCGCCAUCUCAUAAGCCCCCCGAAGUCCGCAAAACCCAACUCCACCGGCAAUACCAAUCGCUCCUCAAGUCCUCGCCCUUAAUCCUGCUCUUCCAGCACAACAACGUCAAAGCCGUAGAAUGGAUGGCUAUACGCAGAGAAUUGGCGAUAGCGCUGCAGAAGCUGGAGGAUGAGCUGGCGAAACAGGGCAGGGAGGGCACGGCGUUGGCUGAACAGGUCAAGAUUCAGGUUAUCCAGACGAACAUUUUUGCGAGUGCACUGAGGGUCGUGGAGUUCUUCCAACCAGAAGAGGGAACUAUGGAUCAUGCGCAACCUCCCACAGACCCGAGGACACCGACGAGCGCCCAGGUACCGCAGACUACGAAUGUACCGGAAGACGAGCGCUUUACGCACGGGCUGAGCAGGAGGGCAUGGGAAGCCGCAUCAAAUCGAAAACUAAAGCUCGAGCUCGAACCCCUCCUCUCCGGACCCCUAGCCGUUGUAGCCUUUCCCACCGUGUCCCCACAACACCUCAAGACCGUCCUUUCGAUCCUUUCUCCCUCUCCCGCAUUCCCCGCGCCAAAGAGGCGAACAAACCCGGACUACCACGAGCCGGCCGUGCAAUCUGGACUCCAAAAGCUUAUGCUACUAGGCGCGCGAGUAGAAGGCAAAGUAUUUGAUACCGAAGGCACAAGGUGGGUUGGUGGUAUUGAGGGUGGUCUUGAUGGUCUUCGGGCGCAGCUUGUGCACGUGCUGCAGGGGGUUGGGGGCGGUCUUGCGAGUGCGCUUGAAGGAGCGAGUAGGAGUUUGUAUUUUACAGUUGAGGGACGGAGAAUGGAUAUGGAAGAGAAGGAGAAAGGGGAUAAGACGGAGUAGCGUGGGUAUGUAUAAAGAUUCGGCAUUAUGUAUAGAUAUUGUACAUGUACCAACAUUUCCGCACACUAGGGUCUACCUCUAUGCGUCUUCUACAGCGCCUUGUACAUUCGCAAUGCACCCAACCUCGAUCCUACUGACAUUCUAAGAAAAUCACAGCUUCGUGGCGCCCUUCAUCCUUUCUACCUCAUCUCGCAACACUCUCCUCAUCUCGCCUGCUAUCCUGGCCCCGUCCUCGUCAUCCAAAUCAUCCCUCUGUCCUCUCCCAAACAUAGUCCAGCUCUUGUUCUGGAUCUGCGGCAUCGUCUCCGGCCGCGGAAUGAUGUGGAAGUGGACGUGGGGGACGACUUGCGCGGCCCUUG